AUGGGCAGUAACAAAAAGGUAUGCACUGAUCGUACUCCUCUCACCUCCAGGCCCCUCCCAUGCUGCGCAGUGUGCCUGGGACAUAACCCACACAGAACCAUCGAGUGCGUGGCCACCCACACACGGGACAAGCAACACGAAUCAUUCAUGGAGCGCAUCCGCAAAGGCCUAUGGACAAAAGACAGAAAGCAGCUUUGUACCGCUUGGCAGCGCGAAGAAGGCUGCAUGGUACCCUGCCACGAUGCGCGACACAUCUGCUCAGGAUGUGGAGCCUCGUCCCAUGGAGCCCAGAAGUGCCCUCGAGCACAGAAGGCAGAACCCACUAACGCCGUAUAA